AUGAUGAAAUCUUCCAUACGGACCCCUAAAAAGAUGGAUGCUCUUAUUGCAGAACUUCAGCGAACUGAAAGGAAUCCUCCCCAAACAGUUCAUGUUGAUACUGAACCUCCAUCUGAAAGUGAUCCAGAAGACUCAGCCCACACUUUACUCCCAAUGAAGCGAAAAAUAAGAGAUCCAAGGCCAGGAGUGCUUAUUACAGACUCAGUUCAAAAGAAAUCUACUCCGAUUGAGUCUGGUUCUAUGGAUCAAAAAAUACAAAGCCCAUUCACUGAGACCUCUCCAGUGAUUCAAGAAAUGUCAAGCCCGUUCUCUGAGCGUAUUCCUAUGGAUCAGGAUUUUCAAAGCCCUAUUGUUGAAGAAGAAGUCAUACCUUCAGAAGGAGCUCAAGCUUCAGGAAGCUCUUUUGAAACACCCGAGCUGGACAUCUCCAAAGGAAAAAGAAAGUUGCCUGAAUCUGAAUUAGUUGAUGUGGUUCUGCUCCAGAACAGAGUCUUUGAUCUGGAACAAAACUCUGUUGAAAAGGAUUUGAUAAUUGGAAAGCAGGAUAUUCGAAUCAGCAAGCUUGAGAAAGAGAACUCCGAUAAAGAUUCAAAGAUCUUAGAGCGUCAAGCGAAUCUCAGUGGUUUAACUGCUCUAUUCUUUGAUCUGAAACAACGCCUAUUUCAGAAGUUUGGUGAUGAAUUUCAACCCUUGAGCGCUGAAGGAGAAAAGAUCACUGCUUCUAGUUCAGGUCCCGCCAAUCCAGCUUCACAAUCUUCAAGUGAAAGAGCUAAAAGAGCUGCUCCAGAUGCUAAUCUUUAUACAUUCUUAUCUUCUGCUUUUCUUUCUGCUCAAGAAAGAAGAGAGAAGCAAAUUAGGGGAAACUGGGAAGAUGUUCACAGACAAGUAUGGUGA